UAAGAAAAACUGCUGAUUAAAGGACUGCAGGUUCAAUGUUACGGUUUCUUGGGUCGUGCACCGUACGAUUUGGGUUUACUAACACCGUUUAUAGAGUGGACCAUCACUCUGCAGCUGACCGUAUCCGAUCAAAAGUAUUGGCACCCUAGACCAGAACCGACCCCGAUAUAUGAUUUAGACGGUCCGUUGCUUUCCGUGUCACAGCGAUAAUGACGUACUUUGGAAGUUUGUGUGUAAGGGGGAUUUCUUUAUGUGCCUGGAUAAGGCACCACAUGAAAGUUCUUCCUGCUUGUAUUACACCACUUUCCUGUCUCUUGUGAAAGACACUGACUGUAAUUGUGAAGCUGACAGAGGAAGCAUAAAUAGAAAAAGGAAAAAAAAAAAAACAACAGCAUGCGAUAAUAAAACACGUCUUAAGCAGCGCUCAAUGAGACACACCCACACACAGACGCUGGAUACUCAGAAAGACAGACGCUCCUUUCUCACAGGCUGGAGCCAACACUGAGCAAGCCACAAACAAACCAAACCAAAUUUGACAACAAUCUUCUAACAACAAGUCCAAUGGCCAACAUAAGUGCCAUCUCCAACUUAACCACAGCGGCUUCCCCCAAAUCCGCCUCGUACUCCCAUCAGAUUGGAAUCGCUAUCCUGGUCCUUGCUUUCGUCUUUGGUUUUCCUGGGAAUCUCUUCGUGGUGUGGUCGGUUCUGUGCCGUGUCCGUCAGCGCUCUGUUACAUGCCUCCUGGUCCUUAAUCUUGCUGUGGCUGAUGCUCUGGUGCUCCUGAGCGCCCCCUUUUUCCUGCGUCUCCUGGCCGGAGGGAAGGGCUGGGAGUUCGGAGAUGGCAUUUGCAAGACCAUACAUUACCUCUGCUGUGUCAACAUGUACGUAUCUAUUUAUCUGAUCUGUCUGAUGAGCCUGGACCGCUGGCUGGCUGUCAUCAGGCCCUUCCUGUCUCAGAGGCUGAGGAAGAAGAAGAACCUGUACAUUGCCAUGUUGGGGAUCUGGAUCAUGGCUUUCCUCUUGGCGUUGCCUAUGCCCUUCUACCGCAGCAACAUUCAGCCCUUCCUGAAAAAGAACAUUACCAUUUACCUCUGCGUUCCCUACCACUGGAACAGCAUGAACCACGAACUCUUCCAGUACCUGAUGGAGACGGUUGCGGGUUUCCUGAUCCCCUUCACAUUCAUCGUGGUGUGUUACUGCUCCGUCAUCUGCCGCCUCCGCAGCGCCAUGUUUCAUGGACGCGUAAAGGGCAGCCUCCUCAUCCUCAUCAUCAUCAUGGCCUUCGCGGUCUUCUGGCUGCCCUACCACGUCAUCAACAUCUUACAGGUGAUUGGGCUGCUGCAAGAGAGCUCUCAUACUUACAAAGUGGCGCUUAAUGCUCGUCCCAACGUGACGGCGUUUGCGUUUCUGAGCAGCAGCGUGAACCCUUUGCUCUACGUGUUCGCCGGCAGCUCGCACAUCCGCCGCGCGGGCCUCGGCUUCAUGGCCAAACUGUUCGAAGGUACUUACUCGGAGAACUCCGUCUCUGGACGACGGUCCACGACUACAUCUACCGGCAGCUCGAUCCUGGCAAGGUUUGCGGCAAGAUCGGUGCGGAGUGGAAGCGUGCCAAGAAACAAGAGCUUUGCGGAGGAUGGCGGGAAGGAAGUGAAGAGCGGCUAUGCGGAGGAGCUCAAGACUCUCACCACCAGCCCGUGACCCUGAGAUUUUUUUUUAUUAUUGUGUGAUCUGGAACUUUGCAUGAACAAGCUGAUCUUGAAAUUUUAGACCUCAGUUAUUGAAACUUUUGGGUAUUUGUUUAACAUGUUUCAUGUUGUUAUUCACUCUGAUAUGCUUUUUUUUAUGCUUCAAAGACUCAAGACUACCCGGAUGCAACACAGCAGUUUGGGUGAUGUCACUGUGAUGCUGUCGUUGCUCGCAGUCAUGUGACAUUUUUAUUUUUAUUUUAUUGGCAGUCUUAAUUUGUUUGUGGGAUCCUGUGACAGUCUGGGCAUAAAUCAUAAAUCCCACCUGCACAUUUGUUCCAAUCUGAUUAAAGUUGUUGUAGCUUCUCGUAUCGUAUUUGGCCACAUGUUGCCCUGCUUGUGACAGAGUAGAAAGUGUACUUUUGGAGACAAUUGAAGUAAAAGUUUUAGAAUUUUGAUUAUGAAAUAUACAGUAAUAGCCAUACAGUAAUAUCUCAAGGCAAAAUCUCAAAUCUCAAACUGUAUCUCGCUUUGAAGAUGAAUAACGAUGAACACUCCUCUCUAACCUGCUGCUAAUUAAAAUAUUUCCGCUACUGGUCCAACAAUACCUGAGGAAAUAUUCACAAAAACGUAGACACGCCUUUUCGAGUUUUGUGUUGAAAACAGAAUCAGUGGUUUAAUUCAAAUUGUGCAUAUAGGCUAAUCAGCAAUGUUAGCUGGCACAUGUUAGCUUGGCCAUCAUGCUAGCCAGAUAUCCGAUCAGGUUUACGAUAUCUAACUAAGUAAGCUUAACUAACAUUGACGUUGUACCUAAACUAAAUCAAUAUCAAUUCAACUCACCUUAACCUGCUGUUUUAGGUUGAAAGGGUUUUCAGUUUUUGAAUGCUAGUAUUUCAACGACUUUCAGUAGCAUAAGAAGCGCCUUAUCCAAAUCUUAAAAUCCAAUACACAAAAGACACUCACAGAUAAAGCGACAGGUGUGUAAAAGUUCAGCACGGUACUCGGGGCGGUCGUGACCAGUUAACGUAAAGUAGUUUUAACGUUAUAGCAGCAGAUGCUAUGGUACCGUACAGUAUGGGACUUGUGCGCCUGGUCGGGGGGCAAAAGACAGGAAUCGCGUUAGGAACUCAAACUUAGGGAAAAUGUAUCCAAGUAAAAGUACACAUCUUAUUUAGUAAAUGUAUUGGAGUAAAAGUUAAAGCUGAAAAUCUAUAAAUAACAAAGGAAAGCAUUAAUAUGUGAAAAUUCUACUUAAGUCCCAUAAAUACUGCAAGUGUUUGUAUUUGGUUACUAAUAUCUAAAGUUUACAUGUGUUUAACAUUUAAGCUAAAAAAACCUGCCUUUUUUCCUACACUGAAAAAAGAGAACAGAAAACCUGUUUGCUAAUAAUGUCCGUAUCAUAGAUGUCACAUACUGUAGGAGUGCAGAUGCUGACCCUCAUAAAUAACCAUCUGAAAUACGCGACUAGGGAUUUAAACUAUGAACCAUUGUACUGAAUAAAGCAGGUGAGGAUGAAAAGGAGGAAGAAUUCACUCAAAAUUCACUCUUAUUGCAUUAAUAGUGCCUUAAUGCGCUUUUUUUAUCGACGGAACAAUUUAUAAACGAACUAAAGUCGAGUAGUUGUAGUUAAUUCAAUGCUUUUCACACGUUCACUCAGGCAUCACUUAAAUAACCACAACUUCCUCCCUGUAAGCAACUACACCAGCUCAGAAAAGAUCAGUUAUACACAGUUUACAGUUUACCGUGGUUACAUACGACUUACAUGCUGUGUGUUCAUGACCGUACUGUACACACACCAACUCCUGGCCUUAGACCUCCAUUAUAAAAUCAACUUCUUUAAAUGAUUUCUAGAAAAAUUCUACAAAAAAAGGUCGGUUCCAUCCACAGAUAUACUGUAAUACAUACUGCGAACUAGAGCAAGCCUUUCCUUGAAGGACAUGAGAAUAUCAGUGUGUUGUUUUAAAAUAACGCAGAUGUUUUAGAUUUUAAAGUCAAGCAAUAACGUUAUAGAGAAAACCGGAAUAAGCUCUGUCUUAAUUGCGUACUUUUUGCAUGAUUUAAACGAUACUGAACAGAAUUUCCAGUGUGAAAUGUUUGUCCUUUGAUUACAGAUUAAAUGUAUUAUCUGGUUAUCUCACUUUCCCAGCAUGCUUUGCUCAUGAUAUAAAACAUUUAUUUUUAUUUUUUUUACAAAGUGCAGUGUUAUAAUGCUGGGUAAGGUG